UGGAUCUGUUCUCCGGCCCGCCUUCUUGCCUUGCUUCCCAGCUGGGCUCCUCCUGCCAAUGUGUCAGUAAGGAACUGUUGCUUGCUUCCCGCUGCAGUGGAACGGCCGUCCCUCCCCGAUCCUUUUGCGAGCCGUGUUUCCUGACUCCCUUCUCCUGGCAACACGAGCUAUGCUGCGACCCUUGCAACUCAACCUGUCGCUUUCGCAGGGAGUCAGGCUCUUGUUCUAUGGGCUGACCCCCAGCGAACCCUCCUGCAGCGAGCUAGAGGAGGUGCAGGACUACGUGCAGCAGGCUAUACCCUAUUUUGUUGGACUGAUGAUCAUAGAGCUAGCUAUAACCUGGUUUUGGAAGGGUCGGAUUGUAUUUCGGACGAAUGCUGCACUAACAUCCAUCAGUGCAGGAAUCAUCUCAAAACUUCCAGAAUUACUAGGCAGAGGCAUUGAACCGACUAGUUAUAUCUAUGUCUGGGAGAACUUCAGACUCUAUGUACUUCCUUGGGAUUCGCCUUGGAUUUGGUGGUUGGCAUUUUUAGGAGUUGACUUUGCUUAUUACUGGCUUCAUCGAAUGUCACAUGAAGUGAAUGUCAUGUGGGCAGCACACCAAGUACAUCACAGCUCUGAAGACUACAAUCUGUCUACAGCCCUUCGGCAGUCUGUAUUACAGAAAUACUUUUCCUGGAUCUUCAACCUUCCAAUGGCUCUCUUCAUUCCUCCCUCAGUAUAUGCUGUACAUAUCUAAUUUAACCUGCUGUAUCAGUUCUGGAUUCACACAGAGAUAAUUGGUAACCUUGGGCCUCUGGAACUGAUCCUCAACACACCCAGUCACCACAGAGUCCACCAUGGCUGAAACCCAUACUGCAUUGACAAGAAUUACGCUGGAACUCUAAUCAUUUGGGACAGGAUUUUUGGUACCUUUGAAACAGAAAAUGAAAAGGUCAUCUAUGGCUUAACUCACUCAAUCAAUGCAUUUGAACCCUUCUGGGUGCAGUUCCAUCACCUCCUCUACAUUUGGAAGACAGUUUGGGUUACCCCUGGCAUAAGCAACAAAAUUUCUGUCAUCGUCAAAGGACCUGGAUGGGAGCCAGGCAAACCAAGACUUGGUUGCCAUGAAGAUCUUCCUGCAGUUAGUGGAAAGGAGAUUCCACACAAUCCCCAAAUCCCUGUAUGGCUUGAGGUCUAUGCAGUGCUGCAUUUUAUCUUUAUUCUGGGCAUUUACUUGCAGAUAAUUGCCAAUAAGUCAGAUCUUUCAGAAACAACAAUCCUCUUAGGAAUUGGCUAUAUCAUUCUGACACUGACGUCUAUUGGAUUAAUGAUGGAGAAUAGAUGCCGCCAAGUUGUGGAGUCUUUUGUGUAUUUUCCAUUUUUUUUGGAUUUAAAACAGUAUUCACUAUUGAAAUUUGGACAGUCUUGUCAGUAA